AUGAACAUUUGAUGUAGAAUGUGUUGGGAAGGUCUAGCUCAACGAUUUAUGCAAUAGCACUAUUAGCCUCAGGACAAAGUUCCGCUAUUACUGGAACCUAUGCAGGACAGUACAUUAUGCAGGGUUUCUUAGACUUGAAGAUGAAAAGAUGGAUUAGGAACUUGAUGACUAGGACCAUUGCCAUAGCACCAAGCCUUGUUGUCUCCAUUAUUGGUGGCUCCUCCGGCGCCGGUCGACUAAUCGUCAUCGCAUCGAUGAUACUUUCUUUUGAGCUUCCGUUUGCUUUAAUUCCACUCCUUAAGUUUAGUAGCAGCAGUACCAAGAUGGGACCUCACAAGAACUCUAUGAUAAUAAUUGUCAUCUCAUGGAUCCUAGGAUUGGGAAUCAUAGGCAUCAAUGUGUACUACCUUAUCACUGCCUUCGUGGGUUGGCUAAUUCAUAAUAGUUUGCCAAAGGUGGGAAAUGUGUUCAUUGGGAUCAUAGUGUUUCCUCUGAUGGCAAUCUGUGUCGGCUCAGUUAUAUACCUAACAUUCAGAAAAGACACUGUUGAGACAUAUAUUGAGACCAAGGAUAACACAGCAAUGCAAACCCAUGUGGAAAAGGGGUUCAUGAAUUCUAAUGGUGAGUUAGAGUUGAACCAUGGCCCUCUCAGAGAAGAUUUAGCUGAUAUCCCACUACCGGAAUAAGGGACUUGAGCUAUG